AGCCUUGACACUGCGAUUACCAACCCCUAUAUAUAUGUAUAAGUGUACUGUAGACGAUACACUACAGUAAAGACCUACCUACCAGACAGUCAACAUGUUCACUUUUUUAAUCAUUUGUACCGUAACCAUCUCUUCUUUGGCUUAUGGAAGUCUCUAUCAGCCUCAGAUCCCUGAAUAUCUCAAAUGCCCGUAUGGCAAAUACUUCAAAGACAUAGGUAAACCUCCUACUUGCAAUCCGUUCGGUCAGUCUUGUCCACCAGGUUUCUAUUGUGGAGCAGGCCCUGCCGAUCAACCUGGAUUUUGUUGUAAAUCUGAUAAUCCAUGUAAACUUGGAGAGCCUUACUCACGUAACGGUAACGCUCCUCACUGCCUGGGUAAAUCUGCAAUCAGUUGUCCUCGUGGUUACACCUGCAUAGGAACUGCAACUUCUUCAUCAGUUUGCUGUAAAGGUUGCACAUACAGGGGCGAGUCGUAUUUUCCUACAGCCACAUUUUAUAACACGGAAGGAAAGAGAUGUACAUGUGGUGAGAAUGGAAAAGUCAGGUGUACAAAACCAGUCACUUGUAGAGGGGCUAAUGGCAAAGUAUACAAAGUUGGACAAUCAUUCAAAGUUGACUGUAACACUUGUUCCUGCAGAUCUGAUGGUCAGAUCGUUUGCACAUUAAUAGCUUGUCCAACAAAAUGCAAAUACUACGGUAAGGUGUAUACAGAAGGAGACAGAUUUCCAGCAAGGGACGGUUGUAACACAUGUACUUGUGAAAACGACGGCAGGGUAUCGUGUACAGAAAUUGCCUGUGGAUACGGCAAAUAGGUAUCGACAGACUUCAUCAGAAUAAAACUGUCCCCCCAAUUGAUGACUUUCAAGAAUGUCCCCUUUGCAUGUUAAUUUGUGAGUGUGUUCGUAUGUGAAAUUUUGUUCUUCAUAAUUUAUACUGAUGUGUGUACAAUAAAUAUGACAACAAUU